AUAACUGCCUCACUUCACUUGCCAUUGCCAGAAAGCUUUCUUCUUUUCCGGUUAUGGCUUUCUUUUCAAGCUCAACAACUCCCACCACACCAUACUUCAUCAACUCAUUCACUCCUUCAUCUGGGCUUUCUCUUCCUUCUUCAUCCUCCAACCCUCUUAAGCUCCCUCUCUUCUGGCCAUGGCAGAAGGUGAAAGUGGGGCCCCUAAGUGUGUCUCCAAUGGGAUUUGGUACAUGGGCUUGGGGAAACCAGCUUCUUUGGGGUUAUCAAGAAGCCAUGGAUGAUGAACUUCAGAGGACUUUUAAUCUUGCUGUGGACAAUGGAAUUAACCUCUUUGAUACUGCUGAUUCUUAUGGGACUGGAAGAUUGAAUGGUCAAAGUGAAAAAUUACUUGGAAAAUUCAUCAGGGAGUUUCAAGGGGGAAAAGGGCUUCAGGAUGACAUUGUGAUAGCCACCAAGUUUGCUGCAUAUCCAUGGCGACUGACGCCAGGGCAGUUUGUAAAUGCUUGCAGGGGGUCACUAGAACGUAUUCAAGUUGAGCAAAUUGGAAUAGGGCAGCUCCACUGGUCAACUGCAAAUUAUGCUCCUUUGCAGGAGAUGGCCCUUUGGGAUGGUUUAGUGGCAAUGUACGAAAAGGGUCUUGUUCGAGCAGUUGGGGUCAGCAACUAUGGACCAAAGCAACUUCUAAAGAUAUAUGAUUACCUCAAAGCUCGUGGAGUUCCCUUGGUUUCAGCUCAGGUGCAAUUCUCUUUGCUAAGCAUGGGAGAAGAUCAGUUGGAAAUAAAAAACAUAUGUGAUUCUCUUGGCAUCCGAGUUAUUGCUUAUAGUCCUUUAGGACUUGGAAUGCUUACCGGGAAAUAUACUUCAGAUAAACUACCACGAGGGCCUCGUUCAUUCCUAUUCAGACAAAUUCUUCCCGGGUUGGAGCCUUUACUGAGUACACUUAAUGACAUCGCACUAAAGAGGCGGAAAACUGUGCCACAGGUUGCUAUAAACUGGUGCAUAUGUAAGGGAACCAUUCCAAUACCAGGUGUUAAGAGUGUGAAACAGGCAGAAGAGAAUUUGGGAGCUCUUGGCUGGCGUUUGAGUUCAGAAGAGGUACUCAAGUUAGAAUAUGCAGCCAGUGAAGCUCCCAAAAAGAUGGUUCAGAAUGUAUUUCAAACAAGAUGACAGUUUUAAGUGACAAGCUGAGACCAAGCACAAGAAUAUUUGACUCACUUGAAUUGUGUAAAAGCACAAAGUAAAGAAAAGAUGAAGACAAAUUGUGUACAAGUUCAUUUUGAAAAGAUGUUUAAUAACUUGUUUCUUGUAAAAUUACAGUAUUGUAUAUUAAGUGGGAAUGACAUAUUGCAUGCACUAAUAAUUUGUCUCAUAAAUCCCAUUUUUUAAUUCAUGACACAUCUUUGUAAAGGCAAUUAGAGAUGAUCUAUAUCUCUUUUUAUGACAAUGGAAACUUUUAGUA